AGAAAGAAAGAAAGAAAGAAAGAAAGAAAGAAAGAAAGAAAGAAAGAAAGAAAGAAAGAAAGAAAAAGAGGCUGCCAGAAAUAUUUGGAGCACCAUUUGUUCUCUGCCUGAAAUGCAAAUGGGGCUAAGCCAGAAUUUAUAAACCGACAGAACAGGUUGCCCUUCUCGCUGGCUCGGCCGAGUGGACGUCAGGUUGAUCAGAAGGAAGGAGGCUUCUGCAGAGCAACGUUUUUUCCAAAGGGGGGGGGGGAAACCUCUGUUCAUCCCUGUAGAGGACACCACCAGCAGCUCCAAGCUGUGACCAAGGUCUCCAUCUCCAUAGCAGCCUCCAAGAAGCCCUGCUGUCUUCGGUUGUCUCCUUGGCUUCUGGUGAUAAACAACAGCUGCCUCCCCGUCUUCCAGUGCUGAAAAACCCAGCCUUGGGCAAGCCCUGGGGGAGCCGCCGGUAGACAAGGACCUUGGCGUGAAGGAGGUGGUGUGUGUGUGUGGGGGGGGGGGGGAAGGAUCUUUUUCCUCUCCUCCACGGAUGGAGGCCCUGCCUCUCUUUGUGCAACCUGGAGAAGUUCUCCCCGGGACCCCCCCCAAAUCUAGACCGACGGAGAUGCAAGAAUGAAGAGGAUGCAAUUGGCAAGCGAUGGAUUUUGAGCGCUUUAAGAAAAGGGGGCUUCAGUCUGUCCAGCAAUCCCACCGCAUACUCCAGGAUGCCAUGAAAAUGAUCCACCGUGCUUCUGCUGGCUCUUUCGAGCCUCUGAGGGUAAUUUUAAGAAACAUCAGACUGUCAAAGAGAGACCAGCCAAACUAGAGGAGGCGUCAAGCCGGGAAUUAGUCUGGAAUCCUUACAUGGGGACAAGAAGGCAAAGUCUGAUCCCUCUCGGAUGCUGUUGAGCCUUAUCUAAUCCGGUCCAGUUGCAUACCUCCAGUCCAGGAAGCUUCCUGCGAAUCGGGCGUGAGCAAUAAAGUCCCGAAUUGAACUCUCCACAUGUGGAGCAGGUCUGUCGCGCUGGACACGGCCCCUUCUGACUUUUCAUGCAAAAUAGGCAUGGCCAAAAAUGUUGACCAGGAGCCAAGCUUGGUCUCCGAAUGCGCAGUCUGCUGGAACGCUUACGAUAACAUUUUCCGGACCCCGAAACUCCUUCGAUGCGGCCAUUCCUUUUGCAUUGAAUGCCUGGCGCACCUCAGCCUGAUCUCCACCACACGGAGCCAGCUGCCUUGCCCUCUCUGCCGCUGCCUGACCAUGUUGCCGGCCAACCAGCAGGUGACCGAACUGCCCACCGACAUCACCAUCCUGCACAAGUUGGGCCUGGAGCCCAACCACAUCAUCCUGGAAGGACGGCAACUGUGUCUGAAGGAGCAGCGGAAGACCAGGUAUUUUCUCCGGCAACCCAGGGUCUACACCCUAGACCUGGGCAUGGACCCCGAAAUCGGCACCCAGACUUACCCUGAGAGCCCCCAACCGGCGACUGUGGCCAGCACCCCCACUGCUCCUCGGCGUUCCCUUUUCCGAGAAUGCAUCCGGAACCCGCAUCUUCGGAUCUUCACGUACUUGAUGGUCAUUAUCUUAAGCGUGACUUUGCUACUCAUCUUCUCCGUCUUCUGGACAAAAAACUUUUUCCCAGGUUUGGGGUGAGGGAAAAGCAACAGCUUGAAACUUGCUUUUGGUUUCCUGGGGGGGGGGGGUUCCCGCAGGGCCUGGGAACGGAGGAAGCUGGGAAGUAUUUUGGGAAGGUGGAUCCAAUCUUUUCCUAAAGUGAAUUUGGGGAUUAAGAAGGGAGGAGUAUGACCACUGUGAGGGUUUUUUUGCCUACGUCCAAUGCCUUCGCCAUAAGCAGCAAGUUCUCCUCGACAGAGAACAGACUCCAGAAUGUGUGAAUGGCGCAGUUCCUACCAUGCACCAUCCAAUCCAGAAAUCUUAAAAGAGUUUGCCACUACCCUACCUUACCCUGGUUGGGGAAAAAACCGCCAAUAAAACAGAUUUUUAAGAUCAAGAAGGGGGAGGAGACCACCUGCCUCCUGAAGCUGUAGGUGCUCCAACAUCAGGGGUUUUCAAAAAGAGAUUAUCUGAAAUGGUAUUGGGUUUCCUGCCUGAGUAGGGGGUAGGACUAGAAGACCUCCAAGGUCCCUUCCAAUUCUUAUAAUAUUCUGUUAACGGUGCUUAAUGGAAAGUCAAGUUAAGUUUGUCUUUGCACUCAAGAUGCAGCGUUUGUAAAUGCAAAAGUGUGCAUAUGUGUUGGUAGAGGACAGGAAGACCUGGAUGAAUGUUGUCCAUGGGGUCGCGAUGGGUCGGACACGACUUCGCAAUUAACAACAACAAUGUGCAUAUGUGUAUGCGUGUGUGUGAGAGACAAUCAGAGAAUCAAUCAUAUAAAGAAACAUUUGUGUGUGUUUUCUCCCCCCCCCCUUCAUCUGCUGGGCUGGUUCGUAUCAUUUAUUUAUCAAAUGCCGCCUGUGUACCUAGCAGAUGCAUCCAUCCAUCUUUGUAAAAUUGUUUUGAGCAGAGUUAAGAGGGUUUUUUGUUUUGUUUUUCGGAUUUUGUAUUUUGCAGUAUAGCCUGUUCUGGAAACCUGGCCUGUUUGAUGUCUGAUUUGAGUGAUGUGGGCUAAUUCAGGUCAAAGCUGCCACUGAGUUAAAACCAAUGGGGUGAAAUUAAUUUUACUGAGGAGGGUGAGUGUGGCAGGAAGAAAUCCAUCUUUGGCUCCCAACAGGGAGUUUUAUCCUAAAGUUAUUUUUUCUGAACUGAGACAGGGAAAAGAAGGAUCUGACUGAAAAUUAUUUAAUUAGGAGCUCCAACGUUCCCCCCCCCCAAGCUGUGUAGCCUAAAUCCAUUAAGUCCCUGCGUAUGAGUGCACAAGGAAGCAGAGAGCAGCAAGCAGGGAAAAGUCACAUAAACUACUCAAAAGUCAUUUGAAGCCUUUUGAUGCUUGGUUUCCGUUAGGCACAGAGCAAAUAAUACUUAAAAAAAAUUAGAUUGCCUAGGGCAAAGAGGUAGGCCAGGGUUGAAAAAGAGGCUGAAUUCAGACAAAAGGAUGUUGGCUUAAUCUGUUCCUUUGUUAUCCAGCUAGUAUUUUCUGCAACAGGAGGAAAGUGCUGGAAGAAAAAUCUCUAUUUUUUUUUUUUUUUAAACAACAAAAGAGGUGUUUAAACAACACUGGUGUUUUCAAGGUCUAUUUGAUGGGCCAACGGAUAUUUGCUUCCAGGGUAUAUUUGCUAUUUGGCUCCUGGUUGAAAUUUUUGGCCAAGGCUCUGAGUAAACAUUUAUAUUUGUAUAUUUGCUACCAAGAAUAACACAACAUUUGCAGUGGGGGAUAGUAGAGGGGUAGUCUAAUUUAGCAGAAAAACCACCUGGGGGGGGGGGGAAAGUCCCGCGCUGGUAAAAUACAUCAGGAACCAACGUUGUGGUCCACGUUUUGUUUGAGCAAUAAAGAGUUUCAGCUGCUGGUUUGAUUGCCAGGCUGUGGGCCCUUCAGAGGGUGGGUGUGUUACUUAAGAGGAGGCUGGACUGAGCCUAGGAAACGCCAGCUGCCGACCUGCCUACAUCAGACCCUAAGCAACAGCAACAAUAAAUAGUAGUACAUACAGGAUAAGUGACGGCUGCGGUUUGGAAUACAAAGAGUGUUUGGUUUGCUUAUCGCCAAGGAGAGUCUUGCUGAGCUGUCAAGAGAGAGAGUCAAAGCAAAUCAGGGACGGCAACAGCCUUUGCUCAAGAAAUGGUGAAAAAGAGGAGUGGGCCAAAUCCCCCUUCUUGGUUUGGAUGUUGAGGGAGUGAUUGUCCCUCAGCCCUGACGUCAGGAAGGGAAGCAGGUGAUGGAAGUGCCAAAAAGGGAAGGAAAAAGAAAGAGAGGGGAGGGGAGGAGAGGAAGGCU